AUGGCGCUUUUCAAUGACGAGAACACAAAUCAGGAGCACGCGACUCCGUUCGCGCCAUUUGACGUUGAGGAAGUGCUCCUGCAGCUGAACAUUGACGAGAAAAUGUCGCUUCUCUCAGCAGGCAAGGAUUUCUGGCACACGCGCGACAUACCCAGACUAUCCAUCCCUUCCAUACGACUAUCAGAUGGUCCCAACGGUAUCCGAGGUACCAAGUUUUUUGGCAGCGUACCUUCUGCAUGCCUUCCAUGUGGCACAGCCAUCGGCGCUACGUUCGACUCGGAUCUGGUCGUUGAGAUUGGCCAUCUACUCGGCGACGAGGCUCGAGCAAAAGGAGCACAUGUCGUCCUUGGUCCAACGAUUAACAUCCAGCGAGGGCCGUUGGGCGGUAGAGGAUUCGAGUCUUACUCCGAGGACCCAUUCCUAUCCGGUAUGCUUGCAGCAAGCUACAUCAAUGGCCUCAAGGAUAAACACAUAGGCGCUGCUAUCAAGCACCUUGUUUGUAACGAUCAAGAACAUGAAAGAAUGGCGGUCAAUACCAUUAUCACUCAACGUGCGCUGAGAGAGAUCUAUCUCCUGCCGUUCAUGCUCGCGACGCGGCUCAGCAACCCAGCAGCGAUCAUGACUGCCUACAACAGAGUCAACGGCGUACACGUUGCGGAGGACCGAAGCAUAUUGAAGGACGUACUCAGGAACGAAUGGCAGUGGGACGGACUCUUCGUGAGUGACUGGUUCGGCACGUACAGCACAAGCGAAGCAAUAAACGCCGGUCUCGACCUAGAGAUGCCCGGCCCAUCGCGAUGGGGAGGAGCAGCGCUCGUCCACGCGGUUUCAGCCAACAAGGUGCUUUCCUCUGAGCUCGACGAGCGGGUGCGUGCGGUCCUCAAGCUGGUCAAGAAGUCUGCACAAGCGCGUAUCCCCGAGAAUGCACCGGAGACUCAGUUGAAUCGACCGGUGGACCGACGUCUUCUUCGGAAGGUAGCCGCCGACUCAAUUGUGCUCCUUAAGAACCAGGAUAAUGUCCUUCCCUUCUCCCAGGAUCGCAAGAUUGCGGUCAUCGGCCCCAACGCUAAGAUCGCUACUUACUGCGGCGGCGGUAGCGCAUCACUGAACGCGUACUCCACAUCCACACCAUUGGACGGUAUUAAAUCACUCGCGAAGGGCGGAGUGGAUUUUGCACAAGGCGCAUAUGCUUUUCAGAUGUUGCGUGAACUUGGCAAGGAGCUCACCGUGGACGGGAAACCCGGUUUCAAGCUGCGCUUCUUCAAUGACCCGCCGACAAACGUGGAGAGGACCCCACUUGAGGAACGAACACUGACCGACUCGAACAUAUUCUUCCUCGACUACGAUCAUCCAGAUCUCAAGGAGAUUUGGUAUGCAGAGACUGAAGGUGUCUUCGCUCCAACUGAAUCUGGCACCUAUGAUUUCGGCCUGUGCGUGCAUGGGACUGGAAGACUAUAUAUUGACGACGAGCUUCUCAUCAGCAAUGUUGAGAACCAGAGGCCUGGACCUAGCUUCUUGGGUUCUGGGACUCUCGAAGAGACCGGCGCAAAGGCUUUGGUUGCAGGCAGAUCGUAUCGCAUUACCGUGCAAUGGGGCUGUGCGAGGACAAGCACAAGGAAGACACCUGGCACAGUGGACUUUGGUCAUGGUGGUUUGCGCUUCAGUGGUUGUUUGCGCCAGGACGCACAGGAUUUAAUCGAUGCCGCAGUGCGUCUCGCGUGCGAGGUCGAUCAAGUGGUCAUUUGUGUCGGUCUUGGUCCCGAGUGGGAGUCAGAGGGUGAUGAUCGCAUAUCAAUGGAUCUUCCGCCGAAUACAGAUACGCUCGUCGAACGAGUCCUGGAGGCCAACCCAAAUGCAGCUAUUGUGGUUCAGUCCGGUACACCUGUCGCGAUGCCUUGGAGCGAUAAAGCAAAGGCGAUCUUGCAUGCGUGGUACGGUGGGAAUGAAGGCGGCAACGGUAUCGCGGAUAUCCUCUUCGGCGCUGUGAACCCCUCAGGAAAACUGCCUCUAACUUUCCCCCGCCGAUUGAAGGACAAUCCAACGUAUUUAAACUAUCGCUCCGAGGGUGGUCGCGUGUUGUACGGCGAGGAUGUCUACGUGGGGUACCGUUUCUACGAGCAGACCGAAGUGGCACCAUUAUUCCCUUUCGGCCACGGCUUGUCGUACACGAGUUUCGCCUUGUCCAGUCUCAAGCUUGACAUGGACAUGCAAACCGACCGGCUGAGCGUGCGCUGCACUGUGAGCAAUACGGGCUCCAGGGCCGGUGCUGAAGUCGUGCAGGUUUACAUUGAGCCGAUCUCACCACCUAUUCGUCGGCCGUUGAAGGAAUUGAAGGGAUUUGCGAAGCGCUACGUUGAAGCAGGUCAGAGUGCUGAGGUAGUUGUCGAAAUCGACGUUCUUCGGGACACAAGCUUCUGGGAAGAGAAGGAAGGAAGCAAGCGGAUACAAGAUGAUGCGUCACAAAAUUUCGAUCUCGCUAGGAGCGAGCGUUCUGCAGUACCUCUCCCGAGUCCUACUUCGUUUAUCGUUGUCCAGCAAGGCGCAUUUCGCACUGACAGCAUCUGUUCGCGAGCGCUUUUACGAACUAUGGUGGACGACUAUCUUCUGUGCAUCUAUCCGUUGAUUCCCGUGGUCCAUCGGCCAUCGUUCUGCUUCGCCCUGCACGAGGAUCGUGACAAUGACGACGACGACUUCCUAGGCCUUCUCAUCGCUAUAUGCGCAAUCGUAGUUGCGUUGCUUCCCAGCAAAUAUGAAGGCUAUCGUAGCCUCGAUUUGUCCAUGGCUCCCUCGCGUGCCGAGGUGCUCAAUCGCUGUCACGGCUUCCUCACCGCUUUGCGUAGGCCCGACUUCUUUGAAAAAAUUGGCUCUAGCAAGUGGGCUGCAUUGUAUCUCAUGGCUAUUGCUUUCUUUCAGGUUGGAAAACCUAACCAUGCUCGCAUGAUCGAGGUGGAGAGUAUGCAGCUCGGACGAUUGCUUGACCUCCACCGUGUUGAUAAAUAUGAGGAACUGGACUGUAUUGAGAAACAGCUGCGGAGAAAAGGCUUUUGGCUUCUAUUCUAUGGUUACGUACAUUCAGAGAUACAAAAUUUUCGCAAGGAGAAGCUCUCCUUCCUGGAUCAUGCUACCAUGGCGACGACGAAUCUCAAGGCACUCAUGCCUAUCGAAGUCGAAGACGAGCAGAUCUUCAAGCAUGAGACGUUCUCUUCGCCAACAUCGGAUGUGAGCAUGACCAUGGGCUUCAUCAUUCACUCUCGCCUCUUUUGGCAAGCUAUUGAGGAUCCACACGACAAUACAAGGGGCGAAUGCUUGUGCUGUCGCAAUCGCUCGCCUGCCGCACAAGUUGCGCAUCUUAGGCGCCGCUUGCGGGAUCUGAAAUAUGCCUUGGACGAUGCUCCUAGGCCCUUUCGACAAUACGCAUUAUCCGACUUCGACUCUGCUUCACAUAUCUUUUCAUCCUCUCAACUGGGUACACUACGCGUCAAUAUUCAUGUUACGCAUCUCUGGCUUCAAAGCAUGUUACUGGACCAGUUGGAUUUACUCACCUCGCCUGAGCAGCACUGGCACGAGCGCGAGGACAUAUCCACUCAACUUCUCCACGUACUUCACAACACCCCUCAAGCAGACAUUGAGCCAAAUGGUCUUCACCUUGUCUACAAGGUGCGCGACGUGGCAGUUGGGCUACUCGCAUGCCCGUACGUAGCACCUGAUUCUUCGGCAAAGCGAGCCCAGGAGUACGUCAAGGCGUUUACUGACAUCAUGGCCCGCCUGGAUGCAAGCGAGACGGUCAACACAGCUAAUCUUCAAAGCUGGAUUGAUACUGGACGUCAAAAUGUCUAA